UUUUAGCUUCCACAUUGGAGAGAACGUGCAGUUCUCUAUUUCCAUUAACAUAAUUUUUAUGGUUUUUACAAUCAUUAAAAAUAAAAUUUUCGCCUUUGCGGUGGUGACGACCUCCCUACGAGAACAUGCCUCUCACAAAGGAUCUCCUUCAUCCCUCUCCAGAAGAGGAAAAGAGGAAACACAAGAAAAAACACCUGGUGCAGAGCCCCAAUUCCUACUUUAUGGACGUGAAAUGCCCAGGAUGCUAUAAGAUCACCAUGGUCUUUAGCCAUGCACAAACAGUAGUCUUUUGUGUUGGCUGCUCCACUGUCCUCUGUCAGCUCACAGGCAGAAAAGCAAGGCUGACAGACAGAUGCUCCUUCAGGAGGAAGCAGCACUGAAAAGCACCUGAUUCAAGACGAGUGGGAACCAUCCCAAUAAACACAUUUUG